CCAGGUGGGUGUCAAAAUGGCGUCAAAAAUAGCCAACUGGUGGCGUCAGUCGUUGAAGAAGAGGCCGGUGAUCACAAACACCGUGGUGUACGCCACGUUUUACACCGCAGCGGAGCUCUCGCAGCAGACCUUCAAUAAGAUAUACUCGCCGGAAAAGCCAGACAUUGAUUUGAAAUCUGCAGGUCGCAUCGUUGCUGUUGGCAGUUGCUUGUAUGCACCCACACUUUAUUAUUGGUACAAGUUCCUGGAUAAAAAGUUUGUUGGGACAGCUGUCAAAGUUGUAGCAACAAAGGUGGUUGCGGAACAAUUUAUAAUGACUCCAACAUUGUUAGCAGCAUUCUAUACACUGCUUGGAGUUUUGGAGAGAAGAGAGGACGUUUUAGAAGAGCUAAGGGAUAAAUACUGGAAAACGUUCCUCGCAAACCAAGCCUUUUGGAUUCCGGGACAGACCAUCAACUUCUUUUUUGUGCCAAGCAACCUGCGUGUUGUUUACGUAGCAUCGGCGUCUUUUAUAUGGAUAAAUGUGCUUUGCUUCAUAAAAAGGCAGAAGGUCGAGAAAGUAGGAGAAAAUCAAGAAAAGUUACGUAACAAUUGA